AUGGAAACAAACAGGAUAUUCCUCUGGGUAGGGGGACUCCUGCAGUUGAUGGUACUCGCAUACUGUCAGCCGACCGCUCUUCCCACCCCGGAUGGUAUUAAUAUGUACAAAGAUUUACUGCUCGAUAAAACGGAAGAUUUCGCUAGUAUGAUCAGUGCAGAAGAACUCGAACAACCGAAACUGUUUUUCUUCCGUACUCCGAUAACUUCCUUCGCGGAUGUAAGCCUUCACAAUGGCUACGAUAAACGAACACAUGUCAACAUGUACAAAAAUAUGAUGCUGAACAAAGACGCACUGGAAACACUGCUGGACGAUCGCGAAGAAAGCAAGGAAGCUGCUCGCUUCACGUUCCCACGGGUUGCGCUGAAACGGUCACCAGGAGCGAUUCUCAGCUGGGCUAUUCCGGCGGCCAACAGAGUCCGCGUCAUUAGCACCAACUACCGGCCCCCUGGAAUGAACCGUCCUGCCGCCUAAAUGCGGAC